CAGGUCUAGGUGCUUUUUUCUAAUUUUCAAAAGCCUAGAUAUUAAUCGGGACGGUAAUCAGCCGUUGAGCGCCUAAAUGGAAGCUUUUAGAAUAGUGACCGUAAUCAUUGGCACCAGAAGCUGCCGUAGGCCCGUAACGGUUUAGUCACAAAGUUCUCAAUGCGAAGCCCAUGAAAAGCUCGGCUUUCUCCCGGUAGAAAUGCUAAAACCCUCUGAACGGAUGAGCCGCCGAGGUUUCAGACUUUCCACCUGAAAUUGGACAUCGCCGGGAACCUAACAUGGUAGGCCUCUUCAAAUUGAAGGCCGGCAGAUUGGGUUAUUCCCUAUUUCCCAAAACUAAAAGAUAUGCUGUUGGGUUUGUGGAUCUAAAUCCCUCGCAUUUUGAUUCUUCUCUUCAAAGCCUGAUACUCUGCAGACUCCUGGCCUCAGAAAUCUCAGAACCCCAACCCAAUUUCGCAGCCAAUUACCUGGUAAACUCAUGUGGGUUGUCUCCGGAAGGUGCAGUUUCAGCAUCUAAGCGGGUCAAGUUGCGAUCCCCGGAAAGAGCAGACUCCGUCAUGGCCCUUCUCAGAAACCGUGGGUUUUCUGCAACCCAGAUCUCCAAGCUUGUGAGGUUGUGCCCACAACUUCUCGUAACCAAUCCGGAGAAAACCCUUUUGCCAAAGCUUGAGUUUUUCACUUCUCUUGGAGCUUCAAAAUAUGACCUUGCAAAAAUUAUCGCUUCCUCUCCUGCUGUUUUGAGUGUGAGCUUGCAGAAACGGAUAAAACCCACCUGCCAUUUCCUUAUGAAUCUGCUUCCUAAGAAGAACUUCGUUGUCUUUUUGAAGAACGGCGGCACGCGGAUUUUAUUAGAAGGCCACUCGAAGAAUGUGGCGCCAAAUAUUGAGAUUUUGGGAGAACUAGGUAAUGGAAUUCCUAGUGAACAAAAUGGGAUGGCCGGCAGGAGCGAUUAACAAAUACCCAAUCAUUGUGGCUCUCAGUUUGGAAAAGCGAAUAAUCCCAAGGUGUUCGGUUGUUGAAGUUUUGAUCUCGAAAGGAUUGAUAAAGGAAAUUCAAAAUGUGAAUUUGUAUUCUCUGUUGAAACCUGUGGAGAAAUCCUUCUUGAAGAGGUUUGUGGCCAGAUAUACAGAUGAAGUACCUCAAUUAUUGAGUGUGUAUCAAGGGAGAGUUAAAGUCGAGGAUGUAUGAUGUUCGUAGGUCAAAAGAGGUUAGAUAUUGUUGAUGUAGUAUCGUAGAUGCAGCGCUGCUCAUUGUCAUUGGUAGCAGCUAGCUUUUGGCUCAGUGUAUUUUGCUAGAAAUGAAUUCAAUUGGUCGUCAUGGAUGAAGAAAAAUGAAAAAUCAUUUUUCGUCUUCCCCUUGCACUGUCUAGCUGAUUUCGUUAUACGAAUACUCUCUUAUUUGAAACUAACUUGAGAUUGACCUGCUCUGCUCUCUGGCUGUGGCGCCUUCAACUAUAGGAUUGAUGGUCCUUGACUUUGUUCAUCUUGGAAUUGCCUUCGGUAGAUAUGUUACUUCUAUUCGGUUUCAAUUUAAUCUAUUUAUAGAUAUGAAGGAAUGAAUUUAUAGAUAUGAAGGAAUGAAAAAGCUUUUGUCUGAUGUUUCAAAUUUUAAGCGUGUAAGGUAUCGGUGCUUGCCUGUGUCUCUGUCCUUGUUCUGCUCUGCUAAUACUUGUUAUCCACAAAUAGCAAGUCUUGUUUACAGUGACAAUGGUUGGGUGGUUCAUACCAUUCUGCAUUGUGACUCCCUUGUGUUAGCCUACUUUGCAAGACCAUUAGGAUCUCGUUCUGCUCAAUAUUUCUCGUAUCCAAACUGUCUUGUUUGCACUGUUUACCCUAUAGGAUCUCGUUAUGCUCAAUAUUUCUAGUAUUCAAACCGUCUUGUUCGCACUGUUUACCCUAUUUGUUUUGAAGGCUCUGCAGUUACGGUGAAGGUGUUUUCUUAUUGUUCGGAUUUGUUUUGAAUGAAAGCUUCAAAUGAUUCCGGAAGCCAGUGUUCUCCGAAGGUGAGUUCUUCAUACGCUUUGACAUUUCCAUGGCCUGGCAGAUUCCAUAUAACUUAUGAUGGAAAUGAAUGCAACAAUCCAGCAAUAUGCACACGAAAUGGUCAACUUGGAAAUGUGAAAAAAUACUUGUAAGACGCCUGGUAGACAGUUAACUGUAAAGAGAGAUGGAAACAUAUUCGGCAUUUCAUUAUCUGAAGUUGGACUUCUAUGAAACAGAUAAAUGCAUCAGGAGGAAACGGAAGUGCGGAAAUCAUUUU